GACAUUGUCCGGGAUGUCACCCAGCAUCGUAGGGUCAUUGACCCGGGGGUGUAUGGCACCGUCUGCAAGUAUUCAUCUCGGUUGGCAGGAGUGUAUCUCACAUUUCGCGUUGUCCAGAUCAAUAUUAGCCCCCAUCCGCUUUUUCGUUGUCGUACUUCGCUGUGCCACGGAAUCGGGAAGCCUCCAUCAUGGCUUCACUCACGGACACACUUAUGGCGGACACUUGGGACAUCCUCUUCGAAGCACUCGCUCCCGCCUUCGCCUUCGGCACGUCGUCCCACCGCCAUCCCAAGUUAUAACGCAUCACGCGAACAAAUGUACAAAACUCGUAACCGCAACCUCCUCAUGUAUACCUCUGCAGUGGUGAUCCUUGGAGUUGGCAUAACAUAUGCAGCUGUCCCUCUUUACCGCAUGUUCUGCUCAGCAACCGGGUUCGCUGGCACCCCAUCCGUCGUAUCCACCUCCUCCGGUCGCUUCGAUCCAUCUCGAUUGACGCCGGAUACAGAUGCGCGCCGUAUUCGCGUCCACUUCAACGCAGACCGUGCGGAAGCGUUACCUUGGAAGUUCUUCCCACAGCAAAAGUACGUCGAGGUACUCCCCGGAGAAUCCAGCCUUGCAUUUUACAAGGCGAGGAAUGAGAGCGAGAAGGAUAUCAUUGGCAUUGCAACGUAUAACGUAACUCCUGAUCGCGUCGCGCCAUAUUUUUCAAAAGUCGAAUGCUUUUGUUUUGAAGAGCAGAAACUCCUCGCUGGAGAGGAGGUAGAUAUGCCUCUGCUUUUCUUCAUAGAUAAAGACAUCCUCGACGAUCCCUCGUGCAGAGGCGUUAACGAUGUCGUAUUGAGCUACACGUUCUUCAAAGCGCGGCGUAAUGCACAGGGUCAUCUUGAACCGGAUGCAGAGGAAGACGUUGUUCAAAGAUCACUCGGGUUCGAGGGAUACGAGCACAGUCCACGGGCUGAAACGAAGAAGGUUGAAGGAAGCAAAGCCAACAGUUGAUUCAGGCUAUGGAAUAACUCGCCCACUGAAGUGUCAGAACCACCCUCGUAUUGAGUUUUGGUGGAAUUGCUUUCAUACUCGGUGGGCAUAGAUGUCCCCCCUACGGGUCCCUUUGCGCACUUCUUGUUGCACCGAGAUUUCCACUGACAUGAAAAAUACAUCCCGACCGAGUCAAGGCACCUUGUCCACCUCCAGUCCCACAUAAAUACGGUGAUUCUGCGGAGCCAAAACUAAAUUCAAUUUG